AUGGGCUGGUUUUGGGCUGACCAGACGCCUAAAUCCAGCACCGCGACAGUCGCGCCGCAUGGCGUACCUACAUCCUCCAACGCCGCUCCUCCGCCGGGAUGUCCGAUGCACAAGUCCGAAGGCUCAACAUCGUCUGCGGCCCCAUUCCCUCCUCUGGCCAAUCCAUCAAAUACAAACGGGACCUCACCACCGUCAUCCUGCCCUGUAAAAGCACCAAACCAUGCCCUCCGCUCAACACCUCCGUCUUCCAGUACAACCACCAGGACCACCGCCACGACGCCCUCCUCCUCCUCCCCCACUGAACCCGCCAACGUCUCAACACUCUCUAAACUCAACCCUCUAAACUACAUGCCCUCGCUCUCCAACGCACGGUCUCCCGACAGUCCUCAAUCCGUGUCCCUGCCGCUAUCGCGCGAGACAUCCUCUAUCCCUCGCACCGACAGUUCCAGCAAUUGGGAAUACCCCUCCCCGCAACAGAUGUACAACGCCAUGCUGCGCAAAGGCUACACCGACACCCCCGCCGAGCACGUCGAGGCCAUGGUCGCGGUGCACAAUUUCCUAAACGAGGGCGCGUGGGCGGAGAUCGAGGACUGGGAGGCCCUGUUCAGCAAAGGGCUAAGCGCCGCCUGGAGGGUGUGUUCGCGCGGUGAGGAGGGCGUGGCGUUCGAACGGGCGAGACGCGAGCUCGCGCAGCGGCGCAGGGAGGUGCUCGGCCUGCUGGCGCCCGAAGGCGAGGGCGAGGGCGAGGGCGAAAGCGACGGCGGGCCGAAACUCAUCCGCUUUCAGGGGCGGCCGAAGGAACCGACGCCCAAGGCCCGGAUGCUGCAGGUCCUAGGCACUGUGUUUCCGAGCCAUUUCAGCCAGGAGCCGCCGUUUGAUCGGCAUGAUUGGUACGUCUCGCGGAGGUUACCUGAUGGGUCGACCCGCGAGGUGAGGUACGUGAUUGAUUAUUAUGGCGGCGGGGUGGAGGAGGAGACGGGCCAGCCCGUGUUCUACUUGGAUAUCAGACCCGCGCUGGAUAGUCCGACUGCCGCGGCGGAGCGGGCCAUGAGAUGGGGAGGCGAUGUGUGGUGGAGGGCCAGUGGAGGAGCUGCAAGGGAAGCGUUUGCGCGGGCCAAGGACAGGGAAAGAAACGGUUCGUGA